AUGUUUGAGCCGAAAUUCGACUCCAAUUUCAAUCAAUGCGAAGGCAAGAAUGUCCUUUUGGGUAUUGAUGAGGCCGGACGCGGGUGUGUCCUGGGCGCGAUGGUGUACGCCUGCUUUUACUGUCCAGCUGAUGCUGUCCCUACACUCAAAGCUAUGAGGGUUGACGACUCCAAAAGACUCACUGAAGAGCAGCGGGAGGCGGCCUUUGCUUCCUUUAUGGAGCAAAAGGACACUUUCGGGUGGAGGAUUCAUUCGAUUUCCCCUCAGGAGAUCAGCGCUAAAAUGUUGCGCAGGCGAAAAAUCAGCCUUAACGACAUCUCCCACGACGCGGCUGCGGGCUUGAUAGCGGCAGUUUGCUCGGCGGGUGUUCACGUUUCUGAGGUGUACGUAGACACCGUAGGGAAAGCGGAGGCCUACCAAGCGAAGCUACAGCACCAGUUCCCGUCUUUAAAAAUAACAGUAAGAGAAAAAGCUGAUUCGCUCUUUCCUGUUGUAAGCGCAGCUUCCAUUUUAGCUAAAGUAACUCGGGACAGAGCGCUGCGUCUGUGGCCCUCGCCUGCGAGGCCCAACAAGAGGUUCCGCGUACUGCAACAGGAGGCGCUGCAGCAGCAGCAUCAGCAGCGAAAGGGGCAGCCCAAGCGAGCCACUGCUGAAACAGCAGCAGCAGGAUCAGAGGCAUCGGAGGAAGAAACAGCAGUAGAGAAGGAGACAGUCUACGGCAGCGGCUAUCCCGGAGAUCGCGUGACCAUUGGUUUCCUAAAAGACCACAUGGACCUAGUCUUUGGCUUUCCUGAGAUUGUCCGUUGGAGCUGGCAGACAGCUAAGGAGUUGUUCGAGAAAGAUGGAAUACCCACAGAAUGGUACGACGACGUAGAGGAGGAGGAGGAAAAACCAGCAGAAUCGACUCAAGGGAAGCAAAGCAGAAUUACGAGCUUUUUCCAGCCAAAGCCAAAGACUGGUGCUACCAUAGACAGGCCCAAGUUCUUCGUUAGAAAUCGACUGGAGCUUAUUACCUCUGCUUCUCGCAUUUAA